UGGCUGUGCUGGUUUGCGAUGGCGCGCACGAAGCAGACAGCGCGUAAAUCCACGGGCGGGAAGGCGCCCCGCAAGCAGCUGGCUACCAAGGCUGCCCGCAAGAGCGCGCCGGCCACGGGCGGCGUCAAGAAGCCGCACCGCUACCGGCCCGGCACGGUGGCGCUGCGCGAGAUCCGGCGCUACCAGAAGUCCACGGAGCUGCUGAUCCGCAAGCUGCCCUUCCAGCGCCUGGUGCGCGAGAUCGCGCAGGACUUCAAGACCGACUUGCGCUUCCAGAGCUCCGCCGUGAUGGCGCUGCAGGAGGCCAGCGAGGCCUACCUGGUGGGGCUCUUCGAGGACACCAACCUGUGCGCCAUCCACGCCAAGCGCGUCACUAUCAUGCCCAAGGACAUCCAGCUGGCCCGCCGCAUCCGCGGGGAGCGCGCAUAAAUUUCCUGUUUUAGGCCACAUAGACCCAAAGGCUCUUUUAAGAGCCACCACAUGCACAAUUAAAAGAGCUGUUGCGCUUUUCGGGGGUGUAGUUGUUAAAUAAGGGAAGCGUGGUCGAGGCGUUGAAUCUUUGUAGGUAUUGUUACGUAAAUCUUAAGACACGCUUAAUACGUAGAAAGGGUUUUUUUUUAAGCUACUAUAUGCAUACUAAGUUGAGGUUUUAGAGGCGGUCUAAAAUGUAUGAUCGGGAAAUACCUAACCGCCCAUUUGGACAAUGCUGGAAAUUUAAUUUCUCA